GAAAACUUUAACAAAAUAGGAACAUAAAUCUCUAUCAAAUGAUCUUAUAGAGAACAAAGUUUAUUAAGAUUGCUAGGAUCAUUCUUAUGAAUUGAGAAGAUUGUAUUGACAAAUUAUCCUUCAUACUAAAUAAUGCAGAAAAGUUCUCUAAGGAACCAGCAAAAAAAGAUGCCACCCAGAACAUCGAACGAAAGUUGUAAAAACAACUCGAAUACCACCCAGUUAAAUUCAACUGGUAUCAGUCAAAGACUUCCGGCUUGUUAGAAAAAACGCUUUUUUGCAACCAAAGUUUGGUUAUUUGUUUUCAAAACAUUAAGAAUAAUAACCCGAAGUAGAGUUUAGGUUAAACAAACGUGAAAUCCUGACAGGGCAAAGGUUCGUUCAUAGUUAUGGUUCUAAACUUCACCUUGAAGCCUUAAAAACUAUCUUACUGUCACUAAACAUGAGCUAUAUUAUGUGCCUUAGUAGAGACUUUUAAUGUUGUCUUUUAAAAGAUCCUGUAUUAUUGUAUAUACGAAAGGAUUGGCAAUUAGUAAACCUCAUUACUAUUGGUUCUGCGCGAGAACUUAGGCUUAAGUUUAACAGGUAUCUUCCCGCAUUUGUACUGGGACAAGAUGAUACAAGACACACUUUCAAUUAUAUGCAUAUCUUUUUUCACAGCAUUUUUGGGAGAAGGCUUAACAUGGCUUUUCGUAUAUAGAACAGAAAAAUACCAAAAACUGAAAGCUGAGGUAGACAAGCAAUCUAAGCGUUUAGAGAAGCAACGAGAUGUUACGGAGUCAGCUAUAGAUCGCACUGCCAAAAAGCGUUUAGAGAAGCAAGAAGAGCGAUUCAAAAACAUUAAUCGGGAGUUAUCUAUGGUUAAAAUGAAAUCUAUGUUUGCAGUCGGACUUAUAUUCACUUCAUUAUUCAAUGUUUUCAGUAGUAUGUUUGACGGACGUGUUGUAGCCAAAUUGCCGUUUGUCCCUUUCUCAUGGAUUCAAGGACUAUCUCAUAGAAAUCUCCCGGGCAAUGAUUUCACAGAUGCUUCUUUUGUCUUUGUGUAUAUAUUGUGCACAAUGUCAAUCCGACAGAAUGUACAGAAGAUCUUGGGUUUCGCUCCUUCUCGAUCAUUCAAUAAACAAUCUACAGGAUUUGCUCAAAGUUAACGUUUAACAGUUAAUCCAAUCUCAAUGUAUAUUCUUCAGUGUAUUCAAUACAAAAAUGUAUUAGAAAUGACUUUUUAUGAUUGUAAUAUGGUUUGUUUUCUUUUCUUAAUAAAAUCACUUGACUAAAAUGAUAACAUUAAAAUUGUUAUUCAAUUGUAAAACUGUAUAUUUGUUGGUCCUUUCCCCUUAAUCAUAAUAUAUAGUAUUAGUUGA